CCCCGCCCCGGGGAGUUCGGGCCAUGCGGGGGCCGGCGCUGCCGCUCGCCCGCCGCGCCGGGGCCGCGCUGGGGCCGGGCCGGGCAGCCUGGGACACUCCGGCACAGCUGGAAAACAAAACAAAAGGGAAACUCCAGAAGCAGAUUUGUCAGGUGGUUCUGGAUCACUUUGAGAAGCAGUACACGGCAGAACUGGGAGAUGCAUGGAGCAGUGUCAGAGACGUGCUGACCUCGCCGUGGUGCUGGCAGCACGCCCUGCUGCUGAACAGGUUCAGCCGGUGCCCUGGCCUGGAGAGCAGCCUGGCUGAGCAGGGAUAUCAUCCUGCCUUUCCAGCAGCUCUGCCCUACCUCCCAGCAGCCUUCAGGUGUUACAUCAGGCCAGCUCCUGGGAGAUUCCCUGCCCAGAAACACCAGCCUGGCAAACUGAAGGAAUAUUACCUGCUCAAUGCUGCCUCGCUGCUGCCCGUGCUGGCCUUGGAGGUGAAGGAUGGGGAAGAUGUUCUGGAUCUCUGUGCUGCACCAGGGGGGAAAUCUGUAGCUAUUCUGCAGUGUGCCUGUCCAGGUCAUUUUCACUGUAAUGAAUAUGAUGAUUUGAGGUCGAGGUGGUUGGAGCAGACAAUAGAAUCCUUCAUCCCAGAUGCUUUGAUUAACUUGGUAAUGGUCUCGAAACUGGAUGGUAGAAAGAUUGGAGAUCUUCAGCCUGAAUCUUAUGACAAGGUGACAUUAUUACUGGUAUUGGUUGAUGCUCCUUGUUCAAAUGACAGAAGUUGGCUCUUCUCUGCUGACCCUCAGCAAGCUGUGCUCAGGCUCAUGCAAAGGAAGGAGUUGUCCUCUCUGCAAUUCCAGCUCCUAAGGUCUGCUAUCAAAGCCCUGCGUCCCGGCGGGUCCUUGGUCUAUUCCACGUGCACCCUGUCCAAGGCAGAAAACAGCGAUGUGAUCAAUCUCAUCCUGGACUCCUGCAGGGAUGUGAUGCCUGUGGAUAUAAGUGAGCUGGCCAGAGGUGUUUCCCAGGAAUUCACUUUCCUCAGUGGAACGCAGCAGCACGAACUGCUGGUUCUCCCAGAGAAAGGGAGAGCGUGGGGUCCCAUAUCCAAAACUGACCUGAACUGCCAGGCUGGGAUUUAUAUUCUUCUGUGGUUCUCAGGAGGAUGCGGACCUUGAAUCCAAGUGCUGAAAGCAGUUUCAGGUGGAGCCGUGUCCCAAGUGCUCAGCUGUGCACCACAGCACCAUUCCUGGUACAGCACCUGUAAACCAGCACUGGGGCUUUGUGGAGGGGCUCAGGGGGGUCAGAGGUCAGUUCCUGGUUCCUUCUUCUGUUGAUUUUCUUUGGCAAUCUGCCUCUACUGUGAUUUUUAAGAGCACUUAGUGUAGGCCUAAGUGCUAUCAAAAAUCCAAUAUUCCCAUUGACUCUGAAAACAGAGUUCAGACUUACUGAAGCUCAUGUGCUGUUUGCCCUCAAAGUCUCCAGGACUUCAUCUGUCUUCUGAUAAUUAUGCACACUUGUGAGUCAUACAGAUCUUGGAGCAGCAAAAGCCACACUUGGCCCAGUAGCAUUUGCUAACUUCCACAGAAUCGUGGAAUCAUUGAAGGUGGAAAAGACCUCCAAGGUCAUGGAUUCCAAACUUUGACUGAAUAUUGACUAAACCAUAGCACUGAGUGCCACAUACAGUCAUUUCUUGGACACUUUCAGGGAGGGUGACUCCACCACUUCCCUGAACAAUCUGUUCCAGUGCUUGACAACCCUCACAGUGAAGAAAUUCUUCCUGAUGUCCACCCUGAGCCUCCCCUGCUGCAAUUCACACCUUUGUAAAGGUCUGUCUUGACUCCACCAUUUUCAGAAGACCACUAAUGUGAGAAUGUAUCUUCUAAGUUGUGAGGCUCUUUUGUGCACUGCUUUUGCUGAGAAUGUACAAUACUUUAAUAGCAGAGGGUGGGCAUGAAGAAAGCUUUUUACCACACUUUUUUUUUCCAGUGUACUCUCUCAAAUGACAGUUUGGCAACCCACAGCAGCUGUCAGUAACCUGCAAAUUAUUUCUGGCCUCCCUAGCAGAUGUCACAGUGGCUGUUGACAAUACACUGUGAUGUCCAGAGGUGAAAAAGAUUAGAAUAUGUGGAUGUUGUUAAACAAAAGUGGUAUAAAAUGUUGUUUCUUAGGAAAAAAAAACCAACACAAACAAAUAAACAAACAAACAAAAAAAACCCCCACCAACCCCAAAGCAUAGAUACCUGGCCUGGCAAAAGCCUGCCUCCCUUUUUUAAAAUUAUUUUUUGCAGAAUACAAAAUGCUUUAGCUUCUGAACUCAGCUUCUUUUUAGUCUAAGAUAUAAGCUGCUUUUUAAAAUUAUUGAUGCUUGACCCAUGAAAUAGAAAAUUAUGUAUAAGAUGGACUUUGAGCCCAGAUUUCCCAUGCUGGAAACAAAAUACUGUAGAGUGCAACAGCUGUCUAGAAGAUCUAGUAAAAAGAAAUUUAAGGUAAUUAUAGUAAUGGCUGGAACACCAAUUUCUCAGUUACUUGCAGGUGUUUUCGAGUGGCAGAAAACUUUGAAAAAAGAGUCUUAAGAAUAUUGGGAACAAAACAACUCUGAACUUCCAGGUUUGUCCCUUUUCAGUGGUCUGAGUUGCAUAAAUUUGUAGCUGUGGAGCUUCUAAUAACAUGCAAGCAGCACAUUCCUUAUCAUUAGAACUUGGUAUGUUUUGUUUAGUCUGUUUGAUUGAACCUGUUUGAUUAUUGAUUAUUUUUCAUAUACUUUGAAUAAAUUGAACAUUUGGAAAGAAACAAACCUAUGCUAGGGAGAAGUGUCUUAAAAAUCUUAAAUCUCCUAAAGUUACUUCUUUUCCCUUUUUCUUUCUGUUGAGGAAAAGAAAGCAGGAAAAUUGCUGUUUCUGAAAUAGGCUGUAAAAGAAGGAUAAUAUAAAAACUUCCCAAGAAAGCACCUCCUCCAUUGAAUUAAAAGGGAAAUGGGAACUCUCUCUCCCUCUUUCCAUGAUCCCUUUAGUCUGUCUGCAGGGUUCACGGUGGCUAAGUGACCCUGUCAAAGUCCUUAUCACUUCCUUGGAGCCUCGGGCUUCCAAAAUCGUUUCAGCACUUUGAAAACGUUCAACUUAAUGUUUAAAGGGGACAAAGUUUCAGUUCCAUGAGACAGCUCUUCAGGUACACAACUGCUGGUGGAGGAAAGUCUCUUUGAUCUGCCACAGGGCGAUUUUAAUAAAAAUAUUGUGUAGAUUUGUGUGGGAAAAGCAAAGGUACAGUUGUGUUGGAAUACCUGCAACUGGUAUAGACUACUUAAGAGAUUAUUGUUAUAAUGAAUAAAGCAGGAUUAGGCAUGAAUGGGGGUGAAAUUUUGCAGUCCUACCUACCCAUCCUAUCCUAUCUAAUAUUUUCUGGCUUUCUUCUCAGAAUGGAAGAGACUUUUGUGCUCUUUGCCUGGUGAAAACAGCUGUUCAAAGUUUAUGCCAGGCUUGCAAACAAGUAAAAGUUUUCUCUCUAAUCCUAUUUGAAUUCCUGCAGCUGUAAACCUCAACUUCUGGUGUCUAGAAGAGUAAUAAGUUGAAUAUAGAUAUAUAAAUACACAUAUAUAGAGAGAUGUAUUUUGGUAUGUAUAUUCAUGACUGUAUUAGAAUGUAAUGACACAAAUGUAAUUUUCACUUCAAUUUCAGAGAAUAAAGCAAAUCCAUCUUCUGUCGGUCAUAGUUCUCCCACAUUGCCUGCCUCAGAGAAUGGGAUUUGAAUUUUUCCAAUGAAAUUAGAAAGUCAUGGCCUUGGCCUGAAUAGAAACAAAUAUUAAAAAAAAUGUUUAUACAGAAGAUGCAAGUGUAAUCCAUGAGACUUCUCUGGUUGUUAAUUUGUGAGCAUUGUUAAUUCAAUAGCAAUAACCUGUAUUAGUGCAGCUGAGUGUCAAUAUUAACACAUGGGAUUAUAUGCAUUAAAAAGGCUCCAUUUGCCUUUUUUUCCCCCUCCUAACAUGCAUGAUCAGUUUCAAGUAUAACACUCUCAAAUUUGUAUUUUAUUCAGCCAAUCCAGAUCUCAUUACGUUGGACAAACACUGUACAGGAGGAAAGUGGAUCACAUAAAUGCCCCUAAUAUUAUUCAUGAUUUUUCCUACUGCAGUGGGUUGGAAAUAUGCCACAAAUAUUCUCCUAUAAAUUACUUUCUUUAAGUUCUGGUAUUGUAUUUCUGGCUGGUUUUUUUUCAUUACUAUUUAGAAGGUUUUGAUUCAUUGCUUCAGAGAAAAUUGAGUGCUUUACUAUUGCUGUUUGUUCUCUGAUGAUGCUCAUCUGACCUCUUUUUUCUUUUUUUCUUUUUUUAAAGCAUGCUUUGAAUCAGCCAAAAUUUAUGAUUGUUCAAUACAGUUUCAGCUACUGUAGGUAAUAGUUUUGACUCCCCCUUGUCUUCUGAUGUAGAACUGUUUGCACACUGGUAGUUGCUGUUGGACAUAGUGUUAUAAAACAGCCCAAAAUAUGGGACUAGAAAUAUAGUUAUUUUUUAGUACAUAUAUAAAUAAUAAAAAAAUAACAUUAUCUAUUUUAUAUGUGAAAUAUAUAAGUUAAAAACAUAUGAAGUAUUGCAUAUGGCCCACAUAGGGUCGAGGACAACUGGAUUUAAGUCCUUCUUAUUAAUGGAAAAGCUCCAAUCUUAAAUUGGGCCAUGCUGUAGUGUUUAACAGAAAUAUUAUCUGUGAUAUUCAUUCCUGUAGGAUCCUUUAAGACAAUUUUAAAGCAAGAUUCUAUCUAAAAAAUUCCACAGAUUUUUCACAAUAAUUUCAGUAUAAAUCCAUGGCAUUUCUAUGGCAUUUUAUAGUCCCAAUUACCCCUUUUUAUAGGUUGACAAAACCUUCCAUAAAGAAGUACAGAAUCUUCUUUGUGUGUUUUGCUGAAAUCCUAGAAUGACCCAUGGUAUAAAAUGCAAAAAGAAAUAUACUUUUGACAAGGAUGGGUCUGUGUUUACUGAGCAUUGCUGAAUACUUGAAAAGCUCAUUUGUGCCUAUUAAUUGAAGAAUCUCUUCUGUUGGUUAUGGUAUGUUUACUAGGUCAAUUUCUUUUCAUUAUUUGUUUGGGGCUUUUUUUAUUCCAAGCAGGUGAAAUUUUGUGUGAGUCUGGUUCGUGUGGACAAACCAAAUCUCUGUGACUGAGAGGGGACUUUUAAAAGAUUCCCCCAGAAAUAACAAGGCCAAUGUAAAAUAAGCAGUGAUGGAACUGGUAUUUGCAUUCAGAUGUGGAUAUUCAGACAUUCAUUUUGGUGGUGUUUGGUAUUUUUUUAUUGUAAUCGUAGUAGAUCGGCUUUUCUGAUAAAACAAAUAUAUUGAUUGGUACAAAAUGGCAUUAAUUGGAGAAAUCUGAAACAUCUCUAGGGUCAGAGAUAUGCUGUUUAUUGUUGGUGUUUAUUUCUUUUGACUAGGCUGAUACGUGUGUACUGGGUUUUUUGGUGUUUAAGGUAUAACAGUCUUCAUUUUAGUACAAAAUUGCUAUUGGUGCUGAGUUUCUUCAUUCUAUUUUCCAUCUGGUCCUGGUUUUGGCUUCUCUUCACUAAAGUCAUUAAAAUUCUU